AUGGUGGGGUGGAGAGGGGAAAGGCUGGAGAGGGGCGAGGGGGCCCGCAGAGAGGGGCGAGGGGGCCCGCAGAGAGGGGCGAGGGGGCCCGCAGAGAGGGGCGAGGGGGCCCGCAGAGAGGGGCGAGGGGGCCCGCAGAGAGGGGCGAGGGGGCCCGCAGAGAGGGGCGAGGGGGCCCGCAGAGAGGGGCGAGGGGGCCCGCAGAGAGGGGCGAGGGGGCCCGCAGAGAGGGGCGAGGGGGCCCGCAGAGAGGGGCGAGGGGGCCCGCAGAGAGGGGCGAGGGGGCCCGCAGAGAGGGGCGAGGGGGCCCGCAGAGAGGGGCGAGGGGGCCCGCAGAGAGGGGCGAGGGGGCCCGCAGAGAGGGGCGAGGGGGCCCGCAGAGAGGGGCGAGGGGGCCCGCAGAGAGGGGCGAGGGGGCCCGCAGAGAGGGGCGAGGGGGCCCGCAGAGAGGGGCGAGGGGGCCCGCAGAGAGGGGCGAGGGGGCCCGCAGAGAGGGGCGAGGGGGCCCGCAGAGAGGGGCGAGGGGGCCCGCAGAGAGGGGCGAGGGGGCCCGCAGAGAGGGGCGAGGGGGCCCGCAGAGAGGGGCGAGGGGGCCCGCAGAGAGGGGCGAGGGGGCCCGCAGAGAGGGGCGAGGGGGCCCGCAGAGAGGGGCGAGGGGGCCCGCAGAGAGGGGCGAGGGGGCCCGCAGAGAGGGGCGAGGGGGCCCGCAGAGAGGGGCGAGGGGGCCCGCAGAGAGGGGCGAGGGGGUCCGCAGAGAGGGGCGAGGGGGCCCGCAGAGAGGGGCGAGGGGGCCCGCAGAGAGGGGCGAGGGGGCCCGCAGAGAGGGGCGAGGGGGCCCGCAGAGAGGGGCGAGGGGGCCCGCAGAGAGGGGCGAGGGGGCCCGCAGAGAGGGGCGAGGGGGCCCGCAGAGAGGGGCGAGGGGGCCCGCAGAGAGGGGCGAGGGGGCCCGCAGAGAGGGGCGAGGGGGCCCGCAGAGAGGGGCGAGGGGGCGGCAUGGAGGAAGGGGGGAGAGGGUGGGGGAGUGUGGAUGGCGGAGUGGGUGGGGGAGGGAGGGAUGCAGGUGGGGUAGAGGCAGGGGUGGGGUGUAGGUAG